UGCAGAUAAGAACGUUACCAAAGUAACAUCUAAGAAUAAAAAAUUUCUACAAUCCCUUGGUUUCCAAUUACUAAUAUAAUGGAUAUUUUAAAUGUGAUAUCAAAGCCCUAUGUUGACAACUCAAUAACAAACCUUGAAUUACACAGUUAUCAGCCAUCUGUGUCCGGAUCAUUUGAAUAUAAUGAUGAAAUCAGAAUUCCUAUUCAAGAAGUAGACCUGUAUACACUGCCUGGUGAAAGUCAUUUAUAUAUCGAAGGAAAAUUAACAAAAGACGAUGGAACUAAAGCAACAAAAUUAAAAUUUAUUAAUAAUGGUAUCGCUUUCUUGUUCAGAGAAAUUCGAUAUGAAUUAAACGGCGUCACGAUCGACACCAACAGAAACGUAGGAUUAACAUCAACACUUAAAGCUUACCUCUCAUAUAGCGAUAAUGAAAGUGUUAAGCUUAAUAAUGCUGGAUGGUUUCCAAGAGUACAUAAAGGCGGAGAAAAAAUUACAGACGAUGAUGGAAAUUUCAACGUUUGUAUUCCACUUAGCGUGUUAAUGGGUUUUUUUGAAGACUAUACAAAAAUUAUUAUUAAUAUGAAACAAGAGCUAGUUUUGAUACGUUCUAGUAACGACUUAGAAGCUAUUACCAGUAAAGAUGAUACUGAAAAACCUAAAAUUACAAUUAAUAAAAUUUUUUGGAGGGUUCCACAUGUUUCGGUUGACAUUCCUCAACAACUGGCACUCACAAAAAUAGUAGAGAAAAAUACAGAUAUUAUUCUUGGUUUUCGCUCUUGGGAACUGAUUGAAUAUCCAUCUUUAAGUGAGACGACCCAACACUCAUGGUCCGUAAAAACUAGUAAUAAGCUUGAAACACCCAGACAUGUAAUCGUCGCAUUUCAGCAUGAUAAAAAACAAAAAAUUACAAGUGAUAUGAGUUGGUUUGAUAAUAUUGAUUUAACUAAUAUUCGAGUAUUUUUAAAUAGUGAAAGAUAUCCGUAUCAAGAUCUUUAUUUAAACCUCAAGGCUAAAAAGUUUGCUUCUCUAUAUGAGAUGUUUUCAAAUUUUCGUCAAGUCUUAACUACGAGACAAAAAAAGAACCUGUUUAUGCACCUGAAGAAUAUUUAA